CAGGUGAGGACUUUAUCGGCUGUAGUUCCUGAGAAAUCACAAGACGAAGCUAAAAUUUUUCAGAUCCACAAUCAACUGCCCUGAACACAUCCUACAAAAGGUCCAGAGGGAGGUUACUUCACUUUCAGAAUUUCUUUAUCUGCCAAAAUGAGGGGCUGUUACAAGUCUUCAGCAUAUUUGUGUUCAAGGUGCCCAAAGAAUAUCUAGCUCACACAGGUGCUCAAUUAAUGGAGAGCCAUGGGUUAUUACAGAAAAUAUGCAGCUGUCAUUCUGGUUACAUUGUCUGUGUUUCUGCAUAUUCUCCAUUCCUUUCCUGAUGGGGAGUUUGCAAUGCAGGGUUGCCCAGAAUGCAAGCUAAAGGAAAACAAAUACUUCUCCAAGCUGGGUGCCCCAAUUUAUCAGUGCAUGGGCUGCUGCUUCUCUAGAGCGUAUCCUACCCCAGCCAGGUCCAAGAAGACAAUGUUGGUCCCAAAGAACAUCACCUCAGAAGCCACAUGCUGUGUGGCCAAAACGUUUACCAAGGCCACAGUAAUGGGAAAUGCCAAAGUGGAGAACCACACGGAGUGCCACUGCAGUACUUGUUAUUAUCACAAAUCUUAAAUAUUUCACAAAGCGCUGUGUCAAUGACUGCUGAUUUCCUGGAAUAGAAAAUUAAUUUGUUCAGUGUUUAUGGCCUCGUGAGACACAACCCUGCUUUUUCCCUACCAUACUACUUUUGACAUGCUUCAAGGGUACAUCGCAGCUUUAUUGCCUUUCCCUUUAUCCUCCAGUGUAAUCAGCAGUCUAGCUCUUUCAUUUGAAAUAAAAUACAGCAUUUAGCUGAUUCCACUGGCAAUAAAAUCUUUUAAAUCAUCA